GAGUGUGUGUGUGUGGGGAGUGUGUGUAGCGAGAGAGAAAGAGAGAAAGAAAGAGUGAGUCCUGGGAGAGUGAGGGAGUGAGGGAGACCUCCGAGACGCCUGCCGUUUGCUGCUGCUGCUGUGUGGCUGGCUGUGUGCGCGCUCCCAGAUCUGUAUGGCCAGUGUUCAGUGGAUCUGUGAGACUCCAGUCAGCAUGAACGAAUAAGCUUCUGCUGCAAGCUGAGGGAAAUGGCUCUUGAAUUGUCCCAGUCCUGCCACCUACAGUCGGUCCUCCUCUUCCUCCUCCUCUGAAGGACGUCAGCUGUUUAUGGGAACUACUGGCUUUGCUCUCCUGAGGAUUUAGCUCUCCUUUUGGGACGCCGUUUUUCCAUCGUCGCAGAAGUGCUGUGCAACUGGGCGACAUGGCUAACAACUCCUACAGUGGGGUGAAGAACUCCGUGGCAGAGCCCAAUCAUGAAGGAGAAUUCGGCUGCUCGCUCAAGGAGCUGCGUGGUCUCAUGGAACUGAGAGGGACUGAGGGAAUACGCAAAAUCCAGGAAACGUACGCGGAUGUAAAUGGACUCUGCAGCAGGUUAAAAACAUCGCCUGUGGAUGGUUUAAGCGGACAACCUGCAGACCUUGAAAAAAGGACAAUAGUGUUCGGACAGAAUUUUAUACCACCGAAAAAGCCAAAAACAUUUCUUCAAUUAGUAUGGGAAGCAUUACAAGACGUAACGUUGAUAAUUCUAGAAGUAGCAGCCAUAGUUUCAUUAGGCCUUUCUUUUUAUAGACCCCCGGAAGCAGACAGUACAAACUGCGGGGAGGGAACAGGAGGAGUAGAAGAUGAGGGCGAGUCGGAAGCAGGAUGGAUAGAGGGAGCAGCCAUCCUCCUGUCAGUUAUCUGUGUGGUGCUAGUGACCGCAUUUAACGACUGGAGCAAGGAGAAGCAGUUCCGUGGCUUACAAAGCCGCAUUGAACAAGAACAGAAGUUUACAGUGGUCCGCGGCGGACAGGUCAUUCAGAUCCCCGUGGCGGAGAUUGUGGUUGGUGAUAUUGCACAAAUCAAGUAUGGUGACCUCUUACCUGCUGAUGGUGUUCUCAUACAAGGGAAUGAUCUCAAAAUCGAUGAGAGCUCUCUCACAGGCGAGUCGGAUCACGUGAAGAAAACACUGGAGAAAGAUCCUAUGCUGUUGUCAGGUACCCAUGUCAUGGAGGGCUCUGGAAAAAUGCUGGUCACUGCUAUUGGAGUCAACUCCCAAACUGGAAUCAUCUUCACCCUGCUAGGGGCGGGAGGGGAGGAUGACGAGGAUGAGGAGAAGGAGGAAAAGAAGAAAGAAAAAGAGCGGAAGAAGGAGAAGAAAAACAAAAAGCAAGAUGGCUCAGUGGAGAACAGAAAGAAAGCUAAAGCUCAAGAUGGAGCUGCGAUGGAAAUGCAGCCGCUGAAUAGCGAUGAAGGAGCAGAUGCAGAGGAGAAGCGAAAAGCCAACUUGCCAAAGAAGGAAAAAUCCGUUCUUCAGGGAAAGCUGACCAAACUAGCUGUCCAAAUCGGCAAAGCAGGUCUGGUGAUGUCUGCCAUCACCGUCAUUAUUCUGAUAGUCCUGUUUAUAGUGAACACCUUCUGGGUGCAAGGCCUUGCCUGGGAGAAGAGCUGCACGCCCAUCUACAUCCAGUUUUUCGUGAAGUUCUUCAUCAUCGGUGUGACCGUUUUGGUGGUGGCUGUACCCGAGGGUCUGCCUCUUGCUGUUACCAUCUCUCUGGCUUACUCUGUCAAAAAAAUGAUGAAAGACAACAACUUGGUGAGGCAUUUAGAUGCCUGUGAAACCAUGGGCAAUGCCACUGCCAUCUGUUCAGAUAAGACAGGAACUCUGACCAUGAACAGGAUGACUGUGGUUCAAGCUUACAUCGCAGACAAGCACUACAGGAGGGUCCCCGAGCCCGAGGUCAUCCCCGGCAGUAUUAUGGACCUGCUUGUUCUUGGGAUUAGCGUGAACUGUGCGUACACCACCAAGAUCAUGUCUCCUGAGAAAGAAGGAGGGCUGCCUCGUCAGGUGGGAAAUAAAACAGAAUGUGCCUUGCUUGGCUUUGUGUUGGAUCUGAAAAAGGACUAUCAACCAAUCCGAAACGAGAUCCCUGAGGAGAAGUUAUACAAGGUUUACACCUUUAAUUCUGUCAGGAAAUCCAUGAGCACCGUGCUGAAAAACCCUGAUGGAAGCUUCCGCAUGUUCAGCAAAGGAGCCUCGGAGAUUCUACUCAAAAAGUGUUAUAAGAUACUGACAGCAACUGGUGAGGCCAAGGUGUUCCGACCCAGGGACCGGGACGACAUGGUAAAGAAGGUUAUUGAGCCGAUGGCUUCUGAAGGUCUGAGAACGAUAUGCUUGGCCUAUAGGGACUUCCCUGCUUCAGACGGUGAACCAGACUGGGAAAAUGAAAGUGACAUUCUCACUAGCCUCACCUGUUUGUGUGUGGUGGGCAUCGAGGACCCAGUCAGGCCAGAGGUCCCUGACGCCAUUAGAAAGUGCCAGCGUGCCGGGAUCACGGUACGCAUGGUCACCGGGGACAACAUCAACACCGCUCGCGCCAUAGCAACCAAAUGCGGCAUCCUGCAGCCUGGAGAUGAUUUUCUCUGCCUGGAGGGAAAGGAAUUCAAUCGGCGGAUACGCAACGAGAAGGGAGAGAUCGAACAGGAGCGCAUCGACAAAAUCUGGCCCAAACUACGAGUCCUAGCAAGAUCCUCACCCACAGACAAGCACACAUUAGUUAAAGGGAUCAUUGACAGCACUGUAAUAGAACAGAGGCAGGUAGUAGCAGUAACAGGAGACGGUACCAAUGAUGGCCCUGCCUUAAAAAAGGCAGACGUUGGAUUUGCCAUGGGCAUUGCUGGCACUGACGUGGCUAAAGAGGCGUCUGACAUCAUUCUCACCGAUGAUAAUUUCUCCAGCAUCGUUAAAGCAGUCAUGUGGGGACGCAAUGUUUACGACAGCAUCUCCAAGUUUCUUCAGUUCCAGCUCACUGUCAACAUAGUGGCUGUGAUCGUGGCCUUUACUGGAGCCUGCAUCACACAGGACUCACCUCUGAAAGCAGUGCAGAUGUUGUGGGUAAAUCUGAUUAUGGAUACCUUUGCCUCGCUGGCUCUGGCCACAGAACCGCCCACAGAGUCUCUGCUGCUGAGAAAACCAUACGGACGCAACAAGCCCCUCAUCUCCCGAACCAUGAUGAAGAACAUCCUGGGCCACGGAGUCUACCAGCUCACCAUCAUCUUCACUCUGCUGUUCGCAGGUGAGAGGAUGUUUGAUAUAGACAGUGGUCGUAAUGCCCCACUGCACGCUCCCCCCUCUGAACACUACACCAUCGUCUUCAACACCUUCGUCAUGAUGCAGCUCUUUAAUGAAAUUAACGCCCGUAAGAUCCACGGCGAGAGGAACGUAUUCGAUGGCAUCUUCAACAACAUGAUCUUCUGUUCCAUCGUCUUUGGAACUUUUGUUAUACAAAUUGUCAUCGUGCAGUUUGGAGGAAAGCCUUUCAGCUGUGUUGGCCUUUCAAUUGAACAGUGGUUGUGGUGCGUCUUCCUGGGCUUCGGCUGUCUCCUCUGGGGUCAGGUCAUCUCCUCCAUUCCCACCAGUCGCCUGAAGUUCCUAAAGACGGCGGGUCACGGUACGCAGAAGGAGGAGAUCCCGGACGAAGAGCUGGAGGAUAUGGAGGACCUGGACGAGAUCGAUCAUGCUGAGCGUGAGCUGCGCAGAGGGCAGAUCCUCUGGUUCCGAGGUCUCAACCGGAUACAGACUCAGAUGGAUGUAGUGAGUGCGUUCCAGAGCGGCACUUCCUUUCAGGGGGCCCUCAGGCGUCACCCCUCCAGCGCCAGCCAACAGCACGAUAUCCGAGUGGUGAAUGCAUUCCGCAGCUCCCUGUCCCCAUAUGAGGGGCUGGAGAAGCCCGAGUCUCGCUCCUCCAUCCACAAUUUCAUGACCCACCCAGAGUUCCGGAUAGAGGACUCGGAGCCACACAUCCCCCUGAUCGACGACACGGACGCGGAGGACGACGCCCCGACGAAGAGAAACGCCACGCCCACUCCUCCUCCUCCUCCCUCGCCCAAUCAGAACAAUAACGCCGUGGACAGCGGCGUCCACCUCUUCUUAGACAACAACAGCAGCAAACCGGCCACGCCCUCGGCCCCGGCCAGCCCCAUGCACAGCCUGGAGACGUCCCUCUGAUUCGGCUCCGCCCUUCCACACUCUGCACCACGCCCACCUCUUGUUUCACGGAGACGUGUGCUCGGCGGACUCAUGCUUGUGAGGGGGCGGAGCCGAGCGUAAUCCUGGGAGCUCAGCUUGUGCUUGACUGAAACAUAAAAAGAGCGAGCAAGCAUUCAUCAGAAUGUAGGGUGGGUUGGUGGGUUGGUUGGUUGGUUGGUUGUGAUAUGCUUCUGGUUUUCUAUGUUUUUUUUUUUUUUUUUUUUUUUCCCCUCUUUAUUAUUAUUAUCAAUAUUAUUAAUAACAUUUGAUUUGAUUGGAUUUGAUGAAGGUCCCCUUCGAAGGUGGGGGAGGGGCUGUGCUCUGUAUCUCCCUCCACCACUCCUCCUCUUCCUCAUGUUCUUCUUCUUCUUCUUCUUUUUAUUCUACUUCUUAUACAAAAAUCUUUACAAGACAACACUCUUUACACACUCUUUAUUUUUAUUUUUUGUUUUUUGAUUUUUUUUCCCUCCCCUUUUGAAAGUGACCUGUAUUUUUAUUUUUAUUAUGUUAUUUAAUUAUUGAUAUUCUGAUAGCGGGGAGACUCUCGGCCGCUCCUCGUCUCUUACAGAUCGUCUGUGGCUGUAAGAAAUCGAAGAACUUUUUUUUUUUUUUUUUUUUUUUUCUUCAUUUUUUGCUUUUUUCUGAAUUCUGAAUGGUGGUGUACAUUUCUUUACAUUUCUUUACAUUUCUUUCUUCGGCCCUUGUUCAUUCAAAUAAUUUCUACUCCAUUUGGCUGUUAAUAUUUUGAAUUAUUUAUGUUUUUUGGAUGAAGCAGGUCUGUUUACAAGUUUGUAGAUACUUUUUUUUCUUCUUCUGUUUGUUGGUGAAGGAGCUUCCUGAUGCAGGAAUAUAAUAAUAAUAAAAAAAAACGAAUAAAAAAAAAAACGAAUAAAAUCAAAUGAGAGUAAUAUUUCAGAUACUGCUGUAUUUUCAGGAAAAAAGGGUGUUUCUAUGGAAACUGAACUAUUUUUGCCUGCAAGUUUUAUUUGUUAUAUAUUUGUGAAUAAAUAGAAUCUUCUAGCCAAAUAAAUAACACUAAGGCUUGUAUAGCAAUGAUCAGAGGUCUCGAGGUCAAUAAGGGAUAAUCAAUAAGGAGUUCGAUGGGUUAAGGCUGGGGACAGGGACGGGGACGGGGACGCAGACGAGGACCUCAGUCAGUACAUUUCCUUAGGUAUUUACUACUGCUACUUUUACAGUUUCAAAGCUAGUUUUUCAUGUUUAUGAUGGGAGCUGUAUCGUGCAUUCCCAGUUCACACACAGUUCACCAGUGAUUGUUAGAAAUGGUUGGAACUGGAGGUUUCACAUUUCAAUAGAUUGAUUUGAAUUUGAAUAGAAGUUAAGCUGGAGACAAAUCAAAAAAGGGAGAAUUUAAAGUUCUGAGGGUGAGAUGUGAUAUGAUCUAUAUAUGAUUAUAUGAUAAGAAAAAAGGAAAAGGUUAAAUAGUGAUACUUCAGUCCCUGCCAAUGUACGAUAUUGAGGUUUGUGAACUGAAUAAUGAAGGGAAUAGUAAAAAAAAAAAAAAAGGAUGCAAGGGAUUAACAUAUAACAUUAACUUUAGAUAUAUUUUGCCUUUACGUAGUUAAACCAAACCUCAUUCAGAAAACGUGAAUUUUCACCUUUUGAACAUUUUUUUUUUGGUUGUUAUAUAUUUUUUUAAGUUAAAUAUUUCCCCUUAAGGUUUCUAGUUUGUCAAUUUAAAAAGAAAAGGAAGAAAAAAAACACACACAAAAAAAAAAGUUUGUAAAAGUUUUUUCUUCAUCUGAUUCCAUUAAUUUCAAGUCAUGGAACGAAAAAAAAAAAAAAAAAAAAAAAAACGACAUUUGAUUUGUUUGUAGAAUAUAUCUAUAUACUUCACACCUGAAAUACUGGAAACACUAAAAAAAAAAAAAAAAAAACGAGUGAAUAAAUACAAAUAAUUUUAAUAAAAAGUGAAAGGGUUUUUAGGGAAAUCUUAGUCAUACAGCAAUCUCUGCACAGGGUACUUUAUUUCAACUCCCUUUGGAAAUUUUGAUACAGACCAUAUAAAUAAAGCUUAACUUUGUAUUUUUAUGGGGCAUUGAGGACAAAUUUCGACCUGCUGAACCAGAUUUUACACAAAGUACAGAAAAGUACAACAGUCUGGGGGGUUGGGGUGCACUUCAAACGAGGGAUGUGAUUGGUUCUGCUUGGGAUAUAUAUUUAUAUAUAUACAGCUCUGGAAAAAAAUGAGAUCACUUCAGUUUCUGAAUCAGUUUCUCUGAUUUUGCUAUUUAUAGGUUUAUGUUUGAGUAAAAUGAACAUUGUUGUUUUAUUCUAUAAACUACAGACAACAUUUCUCUCAAAAUACAAAUAAAAAUAUUGUUAUUAAGAGGAUUUCUUUGCAGAAAAUGAGAAAGAGAUGCAGAUCUUUCAGACCUCAAAUAAUGCAAAGAAAACAACAAGUUCAUAUUCAUAAUAUAGUUUUAAGAGUUCAGAAAUCAAUAUUUGGUGGAAUAACCCUGGUUGGUUUUUAAUCACAGUUUUUAAUCAUGUUUAGUUCAUGUUCUCCUCCACUAGUCUUACACACUGCUUUUGGAUAACUUUAUGCUGCUUUACUCCUGGUGCAAAAAUUUGAGUAGUUCAGUUUGGUGGUUUGAUGGUUUGUGAUCAUCCAUCUUCCUCUUGAUUAUAUUCCAGAGUAUUUUAAAUUGGUAAAAUCAAAGAAACUCAUCAUUUUUAAGUGGUAUCUUAUUUUUUUCAGAGCUGUGUAUAUAUAAAUAUAAAUAUAUAUUUAAUACUCAGGGUGGCUAAUAGUAUGAAACAUGCUUUAAGGAAACACCUACAGUAAAAUAUUAAAUACUAAUUUUUUAUGUUUAGAUUAGGUUCUGUUCUUGGCAGCAGGGUUCUGGUUCAGACCCUUGUUUUUCUCCUCCUUUUUGGGUCCGUAAUGGAAAAGAGGAGAAAAGACACACAGUCAGUCAGUCAGUGCACCCAAACCUUUUUUUUUUUUUUUUUUGCAUAAUUUAUUUUUUUUUGUUCCUUGUGUUUAUUUAAUAAAAAAAGCAGCUUGAGUUUGCUAGUUAGGAAAGAUGUGGACAGAAGAAAAUCCAUAAGUUUAUUCUGUAGCUUCUUCCUGUAACAGGGAUGAAUGUUUUUCCACCUGUUUUAUGGAUUUAUUAUUUUUUUAUCUUAACAUUUGAAAAUAAAGUACUUCAUGUCUGUUUAUCUUGAGCAAUGUAAA